UCUGAGGGUCGAAGGGAAAUAUGAUGAUGGUUUAGGAGGCUCAAUAUUUUGGAAUGAGACUAUUUUCAGAUUCCAAAGUAUACAACUAGCUGGAAACUAUUCUCUGGGGGUCGGAGGGAAAUAUGAUGAUGGUUUAGGAGGCUCAAUAUUUUGGAAUGAGACUAUUUUCAGAUUCCAAAGUAUACAACUAGCUGGAAACUAUUCUCUGGGGGUCGAAGGGAAAUAUGAUGAUGGUUUAGGAGGCUCAAUAUUUUGGAAUGAAACUAUUUUCAGAUUCCAAAGUAUGUGCUCGCUGGAAACUAUUCUCUGAGGGUCGAAGGGAAAUAUGAUGAUGGUUUAGGAGGCUCACUAUUUUCGAAUGAAACUAUUUUCAGAUUCCAAAGUAUACAACUAGCUGGAAACUAUUAUCUGAGGGUCG